AUGAUUGGAGAAGAAAAUACCGAACUUGACGUUCCUGAAGAGUCCCCAAGGUGAGGUUUUCCUUUGCAGUUUUCUUUGUUUGUCGAAGUUUAUUUGAAAAUCGAAAACCAUACAAUUUUAGUUUGACAUCUGCUUGACAUGUCUGUAUAUUUUAUUCCCACACUUUGUCCUCGUUUGACUGAAAAAAACCAAUGCUCUUUUAGGGCACAUUCAAAGAAACGCUUCCCAUUGGGACUGUACAGUCACCUUAGAAAGGAGCAAAUGCAUAACGAAUUGCCAAAGAAAUUGGAUUGUGAGGAGAAAAUUAAAGCAAUGCGGGCUCAACUUCACCGUAUAGAAGAGCGAAUUCACCAUAAGAAAUGGAAGGUAAUUAGCUUCAUUAUUGAGGUAGCUAGAUGUAUGUCUAAAAUCCAGCUAGUGUCAGGAUUUAAUGCAUGGACGCUAAGUAAUAAGUUAUAUUUAGUCAGUUUAGUCAGUCCAUUACUCACUGGCCUCACUUUCUUUCUCUUUUACCCACUUCUAAUUAUUCAUGUAUUCUAUGCAUAAACACAGUAUAACUGUAUUGAAUUAAAUUUACUUUCCAAUUUUACUAUUUAUUUUAUUUGUAGGUCUUAUUUAAUGUUAUAUAAUAAAAAUAUGUUAUGGGUGAGAGAAAAAAGUCGUAAGUGAUUUCUGAUAAACUGUGUAAUUCUCCUUUCACGUUGCCCUUGGUACAGUGCAUUUCCAUGUGAACAAAAGGAAAAUUUUACAUUACAACAAAAGUCAGUUAAGGCUUUUAUUCCAUGCACCCCUUUUUUAAAUUUAUUAUCCUACGGAUUGAUGAGGUGACAGAUCAGAGUGAAUGUGAAGUAGUGGAAAACAAAAAGGCAAGACUCCCUCACACAACAAGUGAGCUUCAUUUGCUGUCAUGUGAGAAACUAAACCUUUCGAGGGCACAGGCAAUGCGAAGGAGAAGAAAAAUCCUUGAAGGACUGAGGCCAGUUCAUUGUGGGAGGAAGGAAUCAAACCAGCCUGACAAACCUAUCAUGGAUGGUAUGUGGACUACACUGAUAAACACUGCCCCCAAACAAUGCAUGAAAGAAUACAUUAGCAAAACAAAAACCUGUACAGAUUUUAUAAUACCACAAAUUGUACAGACCAACAUCCAUGAGUACGAGAACAGUUUGCAAAAUAAAGUGAGAAGCAUGCGUGUUCUGUAUGAAGGUGGGCUUCUAAGCAAAAAAAAGUACACCAGUAUUCGGAACACCAUAGAUGUAGUCAAGGAAAGUGGAAAAAAUUGUAAAAACAAGAAAACUGAAUUUAUGAAAAAUUGUGAAAUUCCCAAGAUUGAGUCUUACAAGACCUUGACAAGUGUUAGUCAAAGACUUGACGCUGGUGAGAUGAUUCAUUUGGAGACAUUUGCUGCCAGAUUUAAUGUUGAGGCAUUUCCUGGAGUGUACAGGCCUCUGAAGCCAUUUCUCUUACAGCUUGCUGACCUGUAUCUGUUUCUUGAUGAGAGAGUACCUUGCCUACAUUGGUUUAACGGGGAAAAGAAUGUUUUGUACAUUGCUAUUGGGGGAGAUGGGGCUCCUUUCAGAAGGAAUGAUACUGCGACUGGUAAUUAUAUAUCUUGUUAA